AUGCUCUCCUUUUAUCCAAUCAUUUACUUCGCUGAAUUGUCUCUCAUAUCCUUCUCCUUCAUCACCAAUAAUGAUGUGAAAGGUUAUGGCUUACGAGUGAAGAUGGUUGAGCAUAGGUUAUUGAUGAUAGGGCUACUUGGUUUGAGGUCUUAUGAGGAGAAAGGGCUGGUGAAGGCUAUUAUUUUGGAUAAGAAGGAAAUCGGUUAUGAUGGAUGGGUGCUUGGUGACGUUUGGAGAUGGUUAGAUUAUGGUACUCAAGCUCGUGAUAGUGGUGGAGAAGAGAGUGAUGGCUUGGGGUAUGACUUUAAAUGGUGGCCUAGAGGUGAUGGUUUCUUGGCGAUACUGGAGAAUAAGGGGAAUGGUGUGGAUGGUUGUUGUUUUAUCAAUUGUAAAGGGAGGCUUUAUAAUGCUUGUACUAGUUUGGAUGGUGAUAGUCGGUCGAAGGAAAUGAGGGCCAUGGAUCAGUGUUUGAUGGCAAAGAUGGAGCUACUUGUCUUAUGUGGUGGUGAAGCUUUUAUGGGGAUGGAAAGAGUUAGAGGUUGA